AUGUUAGCACGUAUUGCAAGAGCUACUCUUAAAUCAAACAGAUGUUUCACCAACACCAGACCAGGUUUAAUGGCUGCUAAAAAACCAGUUUCUGCUAAAGAAGAAAUUGAAAUUUUAGAUCCACUCACCCCAGAAAUCAAAGAUGCCAUCAAACAAUCAAAGAAACAAUUCCAAAGUGUUAUUAAAAACUUAACUUCAACCGAAGGUAAACCAAUCCAAAUCACUGGUUUCAAACCAACCAUUCAAAUUACCACUGCUUCAGGUAAAAUCGCUCACGCUAUCUUUGAUGCUGCUGCCACCAUGAGAUCAGUUGGUAUUGUUGCCAAAGAUUUCCAAUUAGUUGCCGAUAUCAUCGAAUCAACCCCAUCAUUCAAAGAUCUCUUAGAAAGUGAUAUCAGCAAUAACGAAAAAAUCACCAUGCUCGAAUUAUUAUCAAAUGCUACUGGGUUAUCACCAAUCUCAUCAUUCUUUGUCUACUUUAUGACUUAUGAACAUAACUUUGGUUUAAUUCUCCCAGCCAUUAAAGAUUUCAAACGUUUAGUUGGUUCAUUAGAUACUGAAAUGUCAAUCAGAUUAACUGUUGCCAAAGAACAAAAUGGUGAAGAAAAGGCCUCAUUAGAAAAAACUGUCAAAUCAUUCUUCCCACCAGAAACCCAAUUCAAAUUCAACUACGUUGUUGACCCAUCAAUCCAAAAAGGUUAUAUUAUUGAAUCACCAUUCCUUACUCACGAUGCUUCAUUCGCAAAUGCCGUCAAGAAAGUUGGUGAAGAAGAAAAUAUGAUCAUCAGCGAACUUAUUGGUGAUAUUAAAAAAGGUAUUAAAUCACAAACUCUUGUUUGGGAAACUAAAGAAUUUAGAGAAAAAUAUUUAACUUUUGAUGAAAAAGCUUACAAUGCCAAAUUAGAAUAAACACUCUUUUAAAUAAUAAUAAUAAUAAUAUAAAUAAUCAAUAAUAAAAAAUUGGGAUAAUCAGAAACAAAUCAAAAAAAAAAGUUGAAAAAAAAAAAAACAAUACAUAAUUAAAAUAGACAAAAAAAUAGGUUCAUUCUUUUUUUUUUCUAAAUAAUAAUAUUUAUUUUAAAAUAAUCUCCUUUUUUUUUAUUUCUUUUUUUUAUCCCAUAGUAUAUAAUAUAAAAUCAUAAAAAAAAAGUAAUUUAUAUAAAAAAAAAAAUAGUAAUAAAUAAAUUGUAUUUUCGCGUUACU